AUGAUCAAGCCUACCAUCGAGCGCCCAAGCUCGGUCGCAUCGGUGUCGUCGCCGUGCCGUUCGUGCUCACGUGGGCCGCUGCUCGCUGUCCUUCUGAUAUCUCUCGUCGUCACCAACGCAGAGGAGGGCGUGAGAAACCUGACAAACGUGUGGCCCACUGCUAACGGCCGGCCCUUGAUCACCACUGCAGUCGUCUCUUCGACACCCUCAAACCUGCGCAUCGCCUACUGCCUGGCGCUCGUCGGCGCGCCCACCAUUGCGAUGGCCGCACAGCACCUCGCCGCCAUUUCUCUCCUGCGCCAAACCGGCACGAAGAAGGACGUGCUCAGCAUGCAAUCGCCCAACAGCAUUCUGAGGCUCGGCGACGCGCUCAGGACUCUCGACACCAAGGUCGUCUUUGUCCCAAACGUCGAGGGCAAGUGCCGGACGUCCUCCUCAGCCGAACAGUCCAGAUUCCGCUUCAGCUUCUCGUUCCACAUCCUUCGAGUCUAUGAGCAGACUCAGUACGACAAGAUCCUCUACCUUGAUGGCGACCUCGCAGUACGCACGCCCCCAGACCGCUUGGUGGAGGCAUGGGCCCGCCAAGGAACGACGGAGCUGCGCACGCCCACGGGGUGCAACCGCGUCCCCGACCAGAAGCAUUACAACACUGGCGUCUGGGGCAUCACGCCCUCACGCGAUUACGCCGCCAGAUUGUAUUCUUGGCUCGCGGCUGGCAAGUUCCCCUGUGGCAUCGGCUCUCAAACGUGGGUGGAAACUUUCGGAGCGAACAACUCAUGGACCAGGGCGUCGCUCGCGUGGAACCUCAAGGCCGACCAAGGCACGAGCAGGUGUAUGCGGAAAUGGGGCCUCAGGGAGGCCCACGUGGUGCACUGGUCCGGCAAUAGAAAGCCCCUAGGCCUUCGUACGGCCGAUCCCGUCGAGGCGAGAGCUCUCGCUGCGUAUCAAGCGGCUCACCUGCGCUGGCUGACAUUCUUGGACGCACCAGCCGUCGACAACAUCCGGAUCUGGCAUAACCGCACCCGUACACAGCGCAGUGGGGCUACCAACCAGUCCGCGCUGAGCAUGCCGCUGCCGCGGUGCAACGCCUCUGCACCCGAUGUUGCGCCAAAGGCGUCGAUGCGACAGCGGCUCUGCGCCAAACCGGAGGUGCGUGCGGCUCUCAGUGCCGCUUCUGUGCCGGUGCUCUGGAGCCGCGACCUCGUCCGCAGCCAGAAGAGGUUUAUGAACGAGAAGCCGUUCGCCGCGAGCAAGUUUGAGCCGUUUAUCGAGCAGCUUCCGCGAAAUAGCCUCAUGUCGUCGGCCUGGCCCGAUGGGUGCGAGAUGUGUGACACUUGCGCUGUGGUCGGGGCGGGUGGCUCGCUUCGCAAAUUCGAACACGGCGCGCAGAUUGACGGCCACUCGCUCGUCCUGCGGCCAAACUGGAUCAUCACCAAGGGCUAUGAGAAUAAGGUGGGGACGCGGACGAGUAUCAACCUGUUCUUCGGCGUGGAGGGGAUGAUGGAGCAGUUUGAGAAGCAUCAGCGCAGCUUGCCGGAGGAGCGACGUGCCAUUGGCUUGAUCACUUCCAACUCAGACCGCUCGGUGGCCUCCUUCUUCCGAUACAUGCACCGCGUACGCAAGUCGACUGUGCUCAACAAGACGGCCACCGCCGCGGAAACGCUCGUCACGCCGUCGCGCGUCUUCCUUACCACUGACGCUGUCUACCAUAAGGCCCUCGCUGAGCUCUGCCGGGCGACGGGCGAGGGGUGCAUGUGGCAGCGCACGUCCGGCACGAUGCGGCCGAGCACAGGCUUCAUCUCUGUGAUCAUCGCACUACAGAUCUGCCGCAACGUCUCUCUCUUUGGUCUCACCGACGACCCGUGCCAGCCCUUUCACUACUAUGGCGAGCCUAAGGCGACUUGCACCAAGGCGAUCCCGACCAAGAACGAUGAGCCGCUCCAUUGGUUCGAGAAGGAGCACGAGAUCUACGCCCGCUGGCACCGGGAGGGUAGGCUCACGGUGUACUCAUGA